AUCGACAUCCCAAAUACGAAUAGUGAGACCUUCAAGAGGUUGUUUGUUGUUUGACAUGAACAACCAAAUGGGAUCCUCUUUUGAUUCUAUCACAGAUUGCUGCACUUCAGUCACUUUGUUACAUCUUGCUGAGUCUGAUCAUCACUAUUGCACUCACACUGAAUGGCACUGACCUAUCACUCGACUUGAUAUUCAACGAUAAGGAAAUCAGAACAGACACAGGGUUUGGGUGGUCACUCAUCUUUGUAUGGAUUGUGAAUGCGUUUGUCAGUAUACCUCUGUUGAUGGUGAUUGUUCAACGUGCAAAGCAAAUCCUCGAUUUUGUCCUUACGUUUCAUUUCUUUCACUUGCUGAUCUCAUGGAAAACAAGCCAUCAUUUUCCUACAGGCACAGCAUGGUGGGUACUUCAGGUAGUGAAUAUUGCUAUCAUGACACUGGGAGGUGAAUGGGCUUGUAUGCAUCGAGAAAUGAAGCCUAUUUUGACUACAGGAGGUCAAAAGAAGAGCAAGACAUCCAUGAGCCAUGAUCCUGUAGCCUCCACAAGUCAGUCACUCGACACCAUGUCGGAGGAGAUGGGAAAAAGACUCAAGCGAAAAGUAUCUGAUGCUGAACAAAAAGAAGAUGAUGAUACAGAUACUCACGUCGAUCAUCAACAAGGCGCAUUAUUAGCUGCUGUAGGAAAAGCCAAAAAAGCCAUCAUAUCCAACAACAGUCGACCUAAACGCCAUGGAAAGCAGAAAUAUGACCAAAUCCCCUUGGAUGAACUAGACAAUGAUAAUAGUAGUAGCAUGAUAAAAUAAAAAAUAAAAUGUGGGAUAGGACAUGUUCAAAGUCAGCAAGGACAUCGUUAAAAAAAAAAAGUUUUUCU